AUGUACACGGAAGAUAACAUGGCAUCCAAUAUAUUAUUGGAUAGAUUUUAUAAAUUGAUUCUGCCGAAUAUACCACAAGAUGAAUGUGACACAUUGACAACAUACACAUGCAGACUCAUAAGAGCUUAUAGAGCCAAUAAUGAACCAUCCUCAACUCAUAUUGAAUACGAAAGUGAAACCUCUACAAUACCUUUUUGGAAGAAUCCACUCUCAGAACGAUUCAUCUCUCCAUGCAUGUUUGUAACUUGCUUUGUUUGCCUUACUCUCAAAUUAUGUUUUGGAUUGGAUAGAUCUCUAGAUUCUAAUAGUACUGCUGUACAUCCCAAGUGGGCGCAAUAUUUUGUAAAUAUUAACAAGAAUUUUUCGAGACAGAAUAGAGGUGGAAUUCUCAUCAAUGACAAACCACUUCGAAUUCAAUGCUCAGAGGAUACCAUGUCUCUUUCGAAUUUCCUCCAAAUGACCAUUCAGGAAAAGACAUUUCACCACACCUUAUUGAGAAGCUCACUUCACAAACAACUUUUCAAGGCAAAUAACUUACAGGCUGGUAUCAAGGCAAAUACUCUCUUUCUUGCAGAGAUGAAUAUUCAAGGUUUACAACCUCUCUUAAAGGAAAUGGAAGAAUUAUAUGGAGAGGAAUCAAAUCAAGGUUCUUACAACUUGCCUCUCCCAUCUGUAAAUUAUAUGAAGAACAAAUCUCAAGAAUAUAGACUCUUGUUUGAUAUUGGAGAGGGUGUGAAAAAUAACAAGUAUUUCGAUUGGAAUUAUUUAUUACAAUCCAUUUGUUGGUUUAUGGGUAUUGAUCCUCACUCAAAGGGAUACAAAGAUGAGGUUUUACUUACAAAAGAGGAUUCAGAUGAAUCAUUCCCAUUCAAAACAUUGUUAAAUCAUUUCGUAACAAUUAUUGAAGCUAUUUUAUUGGGAGUGGGAGGAAACAACUUGUCAAAUAAUAAGACUCACCCUUACGGACUAUCGAUUUACUCUCUAAGAAAAUUGGCAACUAUUCGAAAACCCAUUCUGGAUGAUGAGUCUCUCUAUCAACUCGAAAGAAGCACAGGUAUAUUCAACAAUGAGUAUAAUAGAGAUUUGUGGGAUCUCUUCUUACCAAUUCAUCAAGUGUUAUUCCCAGAUAUUGAUUAUAGAAAGAGUUUCUCAGAUCACUCUCAAAUAAUCACAGUGGAGGUGGAGGAUGAAUCUCCUCAAGAAUUCUUAGUCACUGAAGAUGAUGAUACUGGCUCAACCAACAACAAUCAAAGAACAAUAAUCAACUCACACUUCCUUCAAAUAUGUGAGAAUAUUAUUGAAAAACCAGAACAUCCACAAUCCUUCUCAUCAACCCUACAAACUACCACUCUAUUCUCUGAGAGUUAUCAUGUCUUUGAGAGUGUUUUUACAAAAGAUGUAAUUCAAAAAAUCAAUGAAAAAGGAGAGGAUUCUUUGCUAUUUGAUAUCAUGUCUGGAAGUGUAAAUUUUGGGAAAGAAUUAUCAAGCUCUCCAAAGUUUGAACAUUUGCUAGUUCAAGUUUUGGCCGAGGUUGACAGAGCAAUUAUCGAGUUCAAAGAACAUGGGUGGAGAGAAAGGAAGGGAGCAAAAUCUAGUCAUACUAAUGUAGACUCUCCUUCUGGAGACUCAGAAUUUUAUUGGGAAAACUUUGUCAAUCAGACAAGUCAUAUUAGUGACAGCUCAGAAAGAAGAAAGGAAUUGGCUCUUCAAUUAGGAGAUCAGAAAAAUGAAAGGACUAUUAGAUUGGCAGCUUGUGAGGAGCUCCAUAAAAUGUUUGCAGGUGAUAUAGUAUCGAAUGAGUAUUGGAAUAUUGUAUUGGAGAAUGUGAAAAAUGGAUUAGAGGAUGAGGACGAGGAAAUUAGAUUGUUGUGUGUUGAAAUGCACAAGAACUUUUUCAAAGUUUCUCCUCCAGAGACAACAGCAGAGAUUCACUUGAAUCUUUUGGAUUACCUACUUUUAGAAUGUAAGAAUACGAACAAGGAGACUAUUGAACAUAUUGAGGCUAACGUUACACUACUUGAAUGUUUUAAGGUUUUAAUUCAAUUUAAUUAUGAAUUGCCUAAGAACUGGCUUUGUUUUUUUGGCGAUACCUCAAAAAUAUUAUUAGAAAAAACCUUCGCUCUAUUUUCUUAUGUGACAGCCUACCAUUAUCAAUGUUAUCUUGACACUGAGGCUGAGUGGUUUUCGGCUUGGAUGAAGGAGUACAAGAUUCGUAAGAAAGUGAUCAAAAAUAUUAUGAAGAGCGACUUUUUGAAUAGAAUCUAUGAGGGGUUGAACAGUACUUCAAAGGAUCAAAAAAUUAUGAAAUACUUUAUUCUUACCCAUAGUUCGGCUGUUUGUGCUCAAUUACUUCAGCAUAGAGAAUGCAAAGCCAUUCUCGAUCACUCAACAGCUAUCAACAAACUAUGCGAGUCUUUGCUCAAAGCUAUCAGAGAGCAAGAGGGAACUGUUAUUGAUUCUGGGCACUACAGAAGACUAUUGGCUGUCACUCAACAGGCCCUCACAAAUGUUCAUGAGUAUGGCCUAAGACUACUUCAGAGUGUGAUAAACAAUCUCAACUCAGCUGCAGACAUGUACAACAACGAUACCUAUUGGAGCAGAUUAAUCCAAAUAUCUUCUACUGAUGAGUCUGAGAUUGUGGAUGAACCAACUUUUUUGAGAGACUCAAUUAUAAGAUUUUGUGUAACUGUGGGUGGAAAACAGGAGAGAGGUGAGGAAUCUAAAUUCAAAAUUGAGAGAAUUUCAGUAUCGAAUUCACAAGGAUCAUGCUCCAGUCUGGGUGAAGCUCUGUCUUCAAGCUCGGUUGUUGGAUUGAGAUCAUUUAUUGGAGAGUCUUGUCUAGUUUCAAUAUCUGUCAAUUCGAAGGAGCUUCAGGAAUUUGGAAAAAUUAAUUUAGGAAGAUUUGGAAGAAAGUUUUCCUCUUCUUAUUUCAAAUCUAUAUACGGAAAAGAUGUGGAACCUCUGGAACACAUACCUCUUAGUUGGUCUAAGAUUCUCAGUAUACUCUUGUUUGGAGAGGUUCAACAGGCUAGCUCCUUCAUCUCUAAUAAUCCAUUCUUAGACCUUAUCAGCAACAACCAAGAGGUCAUACUAGAGAUUGCCUCACAAGUUGAAAAAGUACUCUACAAAGAGUAUCCUACUCAUUUCAAUUCUUAUAUUUUGUGUGGACUAAGCAUAACCAAUGUUGUAACGAGAUGGUUGAGACAAUUGUUUUUCAACUUUUUAGAUUUGCGAUGUAUCUUCCAAAUGCUGGCUAUUGUCAAAGAGUUUGGUCUUGAGUCAUUAGUUUUCUUCUGUGUCCUUUUCCUUAAAGAGCAGUCAAGCUUUGAAUUCUGCCAAGAGUACAAACUUGAAGCUUGGACACAUUGUGUAUAUGACCCAAUAGAUGUUGAUUCAGAAUGGUUGGUCUCAAAAUUUGAGAAGGAAUUCAAAAUACUUCGCGAAAAGUAUACAGUAAGGCUGAGCUUUGAAAAGAGUAACUGAAACAUAUUUGAAACACUCAAGGCCGUACAAUAGCCAACCAAUGAACAAUGAAUCUCUCAAUAAAAUUCCAAUGGGCGCAAC